AUGUUAAAUCAAAAACAACAAAUUGAAAUUUCACAACUCAUUAAAAGUUGCAAUGGAAAUCAUUUAAUUUUUUCUAUUCCUCUAGAGGUUCUAUCUUCAAUUCUAUUGUUUUUAGAACCAUUAGAUUUAAUACAUCUCAGUGAGAGUUGUAAACUUUUCAAUUUCUAUUUAAAUAAUAGUUGGAUUUGGAAUCAACUUUUAGAACAAUCAAUACCAUUCAUUUAUCAAUCGAUUUAUCAUUCAAAUAGAACACCAUUAUGUUCUACAGAUGAUCAGAUCUAUAAUAAAGAUGAAAAUGAAGGUUUAGAAUGGUUAAAUAAUAAUUCAAAAAUAAUUAAAUCAUUUUUAGUAUUAAAUAAUAAAGAAACACAAGAAAAUAGAAUAAUAAAUAAAUUUGUAAAAUCAAUUUCAACAAAUAAUUUAAUUUCACAAAACAAUAAUAAUUCAUCAUUAUUAAAAGUAUCUUUCGAUUUAUUAAAUUAUUUAAUAAAAGAUGUUGAACAUGAUAAUUAUAAGAAGUUUGUUAUUCAAAUUCCAGCUAUAUUGUCAAUAUCCAAGAAUAAGAUUCAGGAUCAGGAAUUACAAAAAUCAAUAUUAAUUUUGUUUUCCAAUAUUCUAUAUGACAAAGAAGCUCUCAAUAUUUUUGGAAAUAAUGGUGGCCUAACCUGGUUGUCAAAGAUUUCUAAUAUCCAUAAGGAUAAUAGAUUUUUUAAUUCAAUGUUUAUUUUUAUUCACUAUAAAACUAUCUUAUCUUAUAGUUUAAAAUUAAAAGAAAAAGAUGUCUUAAUAAGUCUCAUUGAGGUUUUAAAAAAGAACUACAACAAUGAAAAGAUGCAUUUUAAUGGAGUACUUUCAUUAACUCAUCUAUCAAAUUCAAAAUAUUUUGUAGAAGUAUUUAAAAAAAAUGGAGUUAUAGGUUACAUUCUCUCUCUAAUUCAAAAAUAUUUUGAUAAUCCAAUGAUGGUUGAAUACUGUUUGAUUUUAUUAACCAAUAUGACAUUCAAUAGCUCUGAUUGUUGUAAGAAGAUUGUAAAGGAAGAUGGUUUACCAAUUCUACUUCACACCAUGAAGAUUGAAAAUAAAAAAGUUCAAUUCUUAUCCAACAAGUCAGUUUUUAAUAUCCUUUAUUAUAUAAACUUGGCAAGAAAUAGACAACAAGAUGAUCAAGACUCUCAAAACUAUCAAUCUAUUUUAGAUCUACUUGAAAAGAAAUUAGACAAUCCAAAUAUAUAUUUAUUUAAAUAUGAAAUACCAACCUAUUAA